AUGGUCACUUUCCUGCAAGAACACUGCAAAGCAACACAACCACCGCGGGCAAAUCGAGAUUCGUAUCUGGAGAAUAAUGAGCCCAAUCGGCCCAGCAACCCCAGGGAGGAGAAACUCACUCACGAGCGAAGGGAGUUUACGGGGAUUGGUAUGGACAACAGCGAGUCAAAGGACGUAAAUGUAGGGAACGACAACACCCCAGGAGAUGAUAGCUUCUGUGAAAUACGUCCAGCGAAAGACUCGAGAGCAGCCUCAUCCUUACAUACCGAAGGAAACACGAGGCAAGUCAACAUCUAG